UGCGACAAGUACAACCACGACAGUCGUUCUACGAACCGCCCACCAUGCCUCAAGCACAGCCAGAACUGAAAAAGUACCUUGACAAGCGCGUCGAAGUGCAGCUGAAUGGCUCGCGAAAGGUCAUGGGAACACUACGAGGCUACGAUGUCUUCCUGAACAUCGUCCUCGACGAAGCUACCGAAAGCAAAGCAAACGGCGACAAGGUCCGACUCGGCAUGUGUGUUAUCCGCGGCAACUCCGUGGUCAUGAUGGAAGCGCUCGACAGAAUAGGAGGAGACGACCGUGGACACAGAGGGUGAAGAGGAGUUGGGUAUGAUUGACUAGAAAAGCAAAAGCGCGAACUACGCUGCAGCCUCGCGGACGAGUGCGUUGAACGCGUCGACAUAUGGCCACAACAAGCGCAUUGGACAGCCUGAUUGCCAGGCGAGGAUUGGAUUGAAUGGGCGGAGGCGUUACGGCGCCAGAUAGGACUUUGAAUGCCAGGGUAAGCCGCCCACAAUGCUACUACAAUUUGAAAUGUUAUUCACACCAAUAUUCCACAGAACGAGGACCUGCAAUGCGGUGCAGGGCUUCCAGGUAGACUCCGAGCUGGAAAGCUCCAGUGUUGUUCCAGCCUUCCAAGCAGGAUCGGAAGAAGCAUUCGAUCUCCUCCUCACGCGCGGUGGGUGCUCGCGGCGUUCCUGUUCCUUCCUGCCAGAAAGAGCAGCCCACACUCCGUGCAAGAUCCGGCCGUGUCGAUGCCCACUCAAGAAAAGGCGAAUCCGGCUAAAGCACUAUCCAAGCCGCCAACAAUAAAACUAUCACCUUGCCCAACAAUCCGCCACUUCUAGUUCCAGAGGCCGCAUUUCGAUUUUGCUGUUUGUUCACCCCAUCAUCGCCGCAAUUGCUGCCAUUCGUGUUUGAGAUAUCAGAGCAAGCUGUUUCACGCUGAUUAGCAAGCUGCCCAACCGUGCAAGACAAGCAACAUACUUGAGGCCAUGUCCGUGCUUGCACUCCCAGAACUUG